AUGUUCAGUGCCCUCCUCCAGCGCAGGUCGCCAUCGCCUCGUAGAAGUGGAUUUGUCCCGGCUCUGGCAUCCCCCCUCGAGAUUGCACCAAGGGAAGGCCCAUCAACGACUUCUGUUCGACCUCCAUUUCCUCCUCGGCGACCCCUUCGGCACCAGCGGCGCCAGGCAAUGGCAAUACAGAUCCCACCUCCCGUCAUGACUUCCCCACCAACAUCACCGUUGUACAAUCAUGGCCCACUGAGUCCCCUUCCCAAAACCCCCAUCAACACGUAUUCAUUACCAUCGUCGCCGCCAGGAGCGCCCCUACGAUGCCGAAUAGACUAUCCUUCACGCCUGACCGACGACGGGGAGUCGUCCUCGACUUGCGUACCUGAUAAGAUCGACCUCCUGCUCUCCGAGUCCACUGUUGGGGGCGGUUCGGAUGCGGGAGGGUCGACCACGAGUUCGAUCGGGUCACUGCUUGAUGCAGCGUUCAGACGCUCAACCGACCGGAUGCACGCCGAAUUCUUGAACUUGCGCACCCUGUGCACGAAGAUCUUGUUGACCGGCAAGCAAGUUCCACGCGAACAGAUGGACGGUAUCAACCUAGACCUGCUGGUACCAGGAGGGAUGUUUGACGAUCUUGACGACGACGACGACGAACCGCCUCAUGACGCGCCCAUGGAUUUCGAAGACUGUAAUUCCGCUUCGCCGGCUACCACCUAUUAUUCUCUGUCACCCUCUUCCUCCCCCAUACGUUAUGAUAUAGACCUCCCUGUAGAACCUGCAGCAGCUUCGCGCCCUUCUCCCCUGCCCUUGUCAUCACAUCCCCGCCCUGGAUCUUCCUCUUCUCCACCCGUACUACUCUUAAACCUUCCCGACCCCUUCCCGAACGGCAACACUUUCGAGCCGCUUCGAACCAAAAAGCGCAAACAGACUGAUUCCUCCGUUCCGCGAGAAUCUACCAUCGCUAAGCGCCAACGACUCAGAACAACAAGAACAUUUCUGUCAGCUGAGGACGCUGAGGAUGCUGCGGAGGAGGCCGAGGUCGAGGCCGAGCUUCUGGAGCUUCAGCCACCGGAAGAUGCAGAUUUCGACGUCACGUACAAUCGGACUCGAGGACGCUUGCACAGAGCUCCGGUCGAGUGGUUGCUUCACCAGAGUCGUUUAGUCCAUCCUCCUCCGAUCCGAGUGGUUGAUAGUGUUUUCUUGGAUUGA